AGUCACUCAAUGAGCCUUGGUUUCAUUUUAUGUUCAUUCUUAAUACUUCGAAAUUAAAAUGCAUUUAAAUUAACUUUAAGCGAAAGAUUAAAUGAGGAAAGGUAAAAGUUCACAUCCGAAACAUAAUACCUAAUUUACAAGAAAGGGAUCUGUGUUUUAAUUUUCGCGGCAAAUAAGUUUAAUCAGUACGGAGUAUAUCACAUAAAGCAGGGAAAGUUUUCUUAAGAUAAAAUUAUCAGGUGAUUGAUGUAAACGAAUGCAUAAUAAGUUUACUCCAAAGUUUUUUUUUACUUUAUCAACAAUCACAAAUCGUAGGCACUAUGGUGUUAUCAAUUCCUAAGAAGUAUUUUUAGAUAUCGUGCGCUCAUUUAAAGUGAUCACAUUUGUCUUGCACGUUCAUUCACACGAGAAUAUUCAAGUGAGAUAUUUUGAAGCAAGCACAACGAUAAUGGACAUUCAAAAAUUGGCUCACGCUACAGUAAAAUUCGAUCAGUCCGUGAUUGAUGAAAAAAUUAAUUCGAUCCGAUCUGGAGUUAGCAAUUUACAAAAUCAUAUUAAAAAAGUUUGGCUGACGAGAGCAAUAGGUUUCAUAGAUUUAACUACUUUGGGUGGUGAUGAUACACCUACAAGAGUACAGACUUUAUGUGCCAAAGCUGUAAGCCCUCUUAAAUCGUUAAACACUGCACAUGUGCACACAGCAGCUGUGUACGUAUAUCCAACGAGAUUUUUAGAUGCAAAAUCUGCAUUGGACAAACUUGAUAAAGAACAUCAAAUUUCCAGAGCUACAGUGGGUGGAGGAUUUCCAUCUGGACAAAUGCCAUUAGAGACACGUGUAAGAGAAGUAGAGAUCGAUGUUGAGAUGGGAGCUGAUGAGAUUGAUAUUGUUAUAAACAGACCACUAGUUUUGAUGCAACAAUGGAAGGAAUUAUACGAAGAACUUAAAGCCUUUCGCACUGCUGCUGGCAACAAUUGCUUGUUGAAAGUCAUACUUGCUACAGGUGAAUUAGACAAUUUGGAAAAUGUAUAUAAAGCAGCCAUGGUAGCAAUGUUAGCUGGUGCAGAUUUUAUUAAAACAUCAACUGGGAAAGAAUCAGUAAAUGCUACUUUGCCUGUUGGAAUUGUUAUGUGCCAGGCAAUUAAAGAUUAUUACAAAUCCACACAAAGAAAGGUUGGUUUGAAGCCUGCUGGAGGUAUUAAGGAACCCCAGGAUGCUUUGGAAUGGAUGAUGCUGGCUAAGAUAGAAUUAGGAGAAGAAUGGUUGAAUAAAGAUUUGUUUAGAAUUGGUGCAUCAAAUUUGCUAGACAAUAUUGUCCAAAUAGUAGAAACAAAUUGAUGUUAUUAACUUUAACCAAAUGCUGUUUAUAAAAAGUCUAUAAUUUUUUACAAAUAAACUUAUUGGAAUUUUAUAUUAUCUGUAUAUUCACAAUAAAGAGUUUACACUUUGAAUUAUGAAA